AUGACAGACAAGCUCGCGUUGCUUGCAUUCAAGGCCGCGGUAACUGAGGACCCUUUCGGUGUGCUGAAUUCAUGGAACCAUACGACCGACCACUGUCAGUGGCAUGGUGUCACGUGCGGUCGCCUACACCACAGAGUCACUGUACUCAACCUACAAGCCCUCAAACUUUUGGGAUCCAUCUCCCCUCAUAUUGGAAACUUGAGCUCCUUGAGAGUCCUGAUGAUCCACAACAAUAGUUUCCAUCAUGAAAUCCCGCAACAAGUCGGCCAUUUGCACCAUUUACGUGUCUUGCGAUUAGCCUACAACACAUUGGAAGGUGAAAUCCCAAGAAACCUGUCGCGUUGCGCUCGCCUAACAUGGCUCCGCCUAGGAGGCAACCGGCUGGUCGGAGAAAUUCCCGUUGAGCUCGGUUCUUUGCUGGAGCUUCAGUAUCUUGCUUUAAUUGGCAACUAUCUAACGGGUACUGUUCCUUCAUCCAUCGGAAACUUGUCAUCGUUAGAGAUUCUCGGUCUUGCUUGCAAUGAGUUAGGUGGGAAGAUACCCCAAGCUCUGGGAAAACUAACCAAACUCAGAGUGCUUGAAUUAUCACAAAAUAAGUUGUCUGGCACAAUUCCUCCAUCUAUCUUCAAUAUUUCUUCCAUGGAGCUGCUCAGCAUCGAUGACAACCAAAUAGGAGGGAAUAUUCCUGCCAAUAUAGGCUUCACUCUUCCAAACAUCGGGAUUUUCACCAUCGCCGGUAACCGAUUCACUGGAGCGAUUCCUCGGUCAAUGUCUAAUGCAACCGCUUUAUUGUGGCUACAAGUCAAUGAGAACCAACUGUCAGGGAACAUGCCUCCUUUGGACCGCUUAAACAAGCUCCAAAUAUUGCACCUCAAUUAUAAUUAUCUGGGAAGCGGAGGAUACGGUGAUUUGAGCUUCUUUUGCUCGUUGACUAACACCACCAAUCUACAGUUGUUGUCCAUAUAUGGAAACAGCUUUGGUGGGACAUUGCCUGAGUGCAUCGGUAAUUUCUCCGUUACUCUUGCGCAAUUGACGCUGGGCCAGAAUCUACUGUUUGGCACGAUUCCUCGAAUAGCCAAAAAUCUCAUCAACUUGCAAAGGUUGCUUUUGGACCACAACAGGCUUUCAGGUACAGUCCCCUCGGUUUUGGGAAAUCUUCAUAACUUAGUGGAACUAGAUUUAUCGCAUAACAAGUUUUCCGGGGCAAUUCCUUCUUCAUUAGGAAACCUAGUAAAGCUAGCAGGACUCUAUCUCGAUCACAAUAACUUUCACUACUACAUUCCUUCACGUCUAUCAGAGUGCCGAAGUUUGGUGGAGCUUGAUCUUUCUAGCAACAACUUAAAUGGAACUAUACCUUCAGAGUUCAUAGGUCUCUCAUCACUGUCUAUACUUCUAAACUUGUCUCGGAACCAUCUCGCUGGUGUCCUGCCUAAGGAAGUCGGGAAAUUGAAUCUUUUGACUCAAUUAGAUGUCUCUAGAAACAUGUUAGAAGGCGACAUUCUGGCCAAUCUUGGCAGUUGUGUUGGAUUGGAAGUGCUCAAAAUGCAGGAGAACUCUUUCCGAGGCUCCAUUCCUUCAUCUAUUAGUAUGUUGAGGAAUGUCAAGGAGCUAGCUCUUUCACACAACAAUUUAUCCGGUGAAAUUCCAGAGUUUUUUGAGGCACUUGACUAUUUGGAGAUCCUGAAUUUGUCGUAUAAUAACUUCGAUGGCAUGUUAUUAACUAGAGGAAUCUUUAAUAAUGUCAACGCUACUUUUGUCUUUGGAAAUGACAAGCUUUGCGGAGGAAUGCCCGAAUUUCAUCUCCCGAAAUGCAGCUCUAGAAACUCAGGCCGAAGACUAAUCCCUAAGUGGAAGCUCGCCAUCUCAAUUUUCUUCGGGGCUCUUGGAAUAGCUCUUGUUCUUGCCGUUAUGUACUCUGCCAACGGGUUUUCUUCAAGUAACUUGAUCGGGGUCGGCGGUUUUGGAUCUGUAUACAAGGGAGUCCUUGAUGAGAAUGGAACUACCAUUGCUGCCAAGGUACUUAAUUUGACGCUUCAUGUAUGCUCGGGCACUGAUUACAGGGGCAACGAGUUUAAGGCCUUGAUUUAUGAGUUCAUGGUCAAUGGUAGCCUAGAAGAUUGGCUACAUCCAAGUCCAUCAUCAGCUAACGUAGAUGGGAAUGCGCAUAAAUUGAGUCUCAUCCAGAGGAUAAAUAUUUCCAUCGAUGUUGCUUCAGCAUUAGACUAUCUCCAUAACCACCUUCAAAGCCCUGUUAUCCAUUGUGAUCUGAAGCCAAGUAACGUCCUGCUAGAUGCUGAAAUGGUUGGACAUGUUGGAGACUUUGGUUUGGCGAAGGUCGUGAUUGAUUCCACCGAUGACACUAAAGCGAAAAUAAGCUCUGCUGGUGUUAGAGGAACUGUCGGCUAUGCUGCUCCAGAAUACGGAAAGGAAAGCGUGGUUUCAAGAGAAGGCGAUGUUUAUAGUUAUGGCAUUCUUUUGCUUGAGAUGUUCACAGGCGUGAGUCCAACAAACGAAAGGUUUCGAGAAAAUUUUAACCUUCAUAAGUUCGUUAAGGAAGCCUUGCCUGAACAACCCCUAGAGAUUACUGAUCCUUUUCUACUUCAAUAAAUGGAGAGCCAUAUGGGCACCGCCCAAGGCGAUGCAGCUCGCGAAUGUCUGGAGAUGGUCUAUAGAAUCGGGGUUGCCUGCUCUGUCGAAGCACGCAGAGAGCGGACGAACAUCGCGGAAGUUGCAGCUCAGCUGCAUUUUAUCAGGAAUAAACUUCAUG